CACCGUCGGUUCGUGUGUUUUUGAAAACACAUGUUCUGAAUCCGUGCCGACAACCACGAACGAACACAACUUUACUGUAGCGGGUGCUAGGUACUGGCGAACCGCAUAAGCGCAAACCUCACGACGACGCCAUGGAAGGAGGAGUCCUAGGACCCAUCUGAUCAAACGAUCGUUUCUCUCUUCCAUGACUCGUGCGGUGUUCGUGUGGGUGCAUGCGGCAAAGUUUUGACUUCGAUUUUUUUUCGUGUCGUAAUAUCGACGCUAUCCCGUCUACUACUGCUACCACUACUACUACCACUACUAUUUACUACUACUACUAUUACAGUACUACUACAAGUACUGCACGAAAAACGAGCACACUAGUCACUACGACUGCCCUGUUCCGUUCGUCAUGAUAAAAUAGAAUCGUAAAACGUAAAUCGGCAAAACAAACGGCCCUCAGACAGUGUAGAGUAGUGUACUGGUGUGCCAUUAUUAUCUUUUUCGUCGCGUUCCCUACGCCGUUCCGUCUGUUAACCAAUAUACGGGUGAUUGGACUAUUGAAGUGGAGCAAUCGUUCUAUCGCUGUUAUAACAAUUCCCGCGCGAUGACGGUUACGUGUUGAAAUAGCGUACGAUUUUCGUAGUACGCUUCCCGUGCCUCCGAGCAGCUGUUGUCCAGACACAACAACUAGAAUAUGGGUCGCAAAAAGAAGAAGCAGUCUAAGCCAUGGUGCUGGUAUUGUAAUCGUGAAUUUGAUGAUGAAAAAAUUUUAAUUCAACAUCAAAAAGCAAAACAUUUUAAAUGCCAUAUAUGUCAUAAAAAACUGUACACUGGUCCUGGUUUAUCGAUUCAUUGUAUGCAGGUACACAAAGAAACAAUAGACAAAGUGCCCAAUGCGCUUUCACAUCGCUCUAAUAUUGAAAUAGAAAUUUAUGGAAUGGAAGGAAUUCCAGAGGAAGAUAUGAAGGAACAUGAGCGACAAAAGUCUGGUAGCAAAGGUACUCGUUCGGAUAGUGAUGAUGACGCUGGGCCACCUGUAAAGAAGAAACCCGAGUAUUCAAAUCCAGCUGGUCCUUCCAUGAUGCCACCUUAUAAUCCUAUGAUGAAUCAUAUGCAAGCUAUGGGCCCUCCUUAUAUGGGACCAGGAAUGCCAAUGAUGGGUCCUUCUGUUUCUGUUGGCCCUAUGCCACCUGGUCAACCAGUGGGAAUGGCAAAUAAACCAUUAUUUCCCAGUGCUGCAGCAAUUGCUAGUAAUUCUGAUGUUCGUUCAAAUAGCACAAUGCUAUCUGGUGGUCCUGUCGGUGGCCUAAAUAAGUCAGCAUUUCCUGCUUACUCGGGGAAUGAUAAUGAUUCAAAAUCUAAAUCACUUAUUAGUUCUACUGGAACAUCUAGUAAAAUAAUUCAUCCAUCGGAAGAUAUUUCUUUAGAAGAACAUAAAGCUCGUUUUCCUAAGUAUGCUAUUCAUAUGGAUGUUCAAAAUCCAUUACCAUCAAACAUUACUGAGCAACAUCAGCUUGGUGCACCACUCAUGUCGCCUCAUGGUCAAGUGUCUCCUCAAACUCAACAAUUUCAACAACAACAACAUCAACAGCAGCAGCAAUUGCAACAGCAACAGCAACUUCAUCAGCAGCAACAACAACAGCAGCAGCAGCAACAACAACAGCAACAGCAGCAUCAGCAGCAGCAGCAGCAACAACAGCAGCAGCAGCAUCAUCACCAUCACCAACAUCAACAACACCAACAAGCAAUUCAAAAUGAGAUGGAACGACAAGUAGCUGCUAUGGCAGCAGUUAUGCAACAACAACAGCAGCAGCAGCAGCAGCAGCAACAGCGUUUUGCUACACCAGUUAUAUCAAUGCCUAAUAUGAUGCCCCAGCCUCCUACUGUUUUUAUGGCUCAGCAAAUGCCUACUCUUUUACGGCCUUCUUUAGGUGGUUUACCACCUCAUGCUAUGAGCAUGCUAAGGCCGCAAAUGCCUAUUCAUCCAGGUUUAAUGGUUAACCCACCGAUGGUCAAUCCUUAUGCCCCCGGCGGACCAAUGGGCUUCCCAGGCGCUCAAAUGUUAGCACCGAUGAUGCACCCUCGCUUCAGAUGAUCAG